GUGCGGGGAACCAGUGAGAAGGGAGAUGUAAGACAGACACAGUUACACAGUGAUCUUGGAAGAACCUACCAAUUCUACAUCAUUGCUCAAGACUUUCGCAUCCUUGUUUUGGGGGCUGCUUAGUUUCUUGUGUGUAGCGGCUUGAACAGAAGGAAAGCUCUAAAUCUACAUAUAAGUGUCAGUGUUGCUCUUUUGAAGGAUUUUAUCACUGUACUGCAACUGGACAUACUCGACGGUAGUGACAUUUCCUACCAGUCCUCUUUAUCUACUGUGAAUCCAACGCUUUCUUACAGCUGUAAGAUUGCGACCGCAGUCGGACUUACGCGUGUGACAGACGCAAUUAUUUUUAUAAUAUUAUAGUUUCAUCUGGCUUUUGGAUGCACCGAUGAGAGAUCCAGUUUUCACAGCGAACGCUAUGGCUUAUCACCCUUUUCACGCGCCCAGGCCGGCAGACUUUCCCAUGUCAGCUUUUCUUGCCGCGGCUCAACCCUCGUUCUUUCCAGCGUUCACUUUACCACCGAGUCUCAGUAAACCUUUGGCGGAUCAUGCGCUCUCCGGGGCGGCUGAGGCCAGCUUACACGCGGCGCUCGGACAUCACCACCAGGCGGCUCAUCUCCGCUCCUUCAAGAGUCUCGAACCAGAGGAGGACGUUGAAGACGAUCCUAAAGUUACAUUAGAAGCUAAGGACCUUUGGGAUCAAUUCCACAAAAUUGGAACCGAAAUGGUCAUCACUAAAUCAGGAAGGAGAAUGUUUCCUCCGUUUAAAGUUCGUGUGAACGGCCUCGACAAAAAAGCCAAGUAUAUACUUUUGAUGGAUAUUGUUGCGGCAGACGACUGUCGGUACAAAUUUCACAACUCUCGAUGGAUUGUCGCAGGAAAGGCCGAUCCGGAGAUGCCCAAACGAAUGUACAUUCACCCGGACAGCCCGGCCACGGGUGAACAGUGGAUGGCAAAACCUGUUGCUUUCAACAAACUCAAACUGACCAACAAUAUUUCGGACAAACAUGGAUUUACCAUUCUAAAUUCGAUGCACAAAUACCAACCCAGGUUUCAUAUCGUUAGAGCCAACGACAUUCUGAAGCUCCCUUAUAGCACCUUCAGGACAUAUGUAUUUCCAGAGACAGAUUUUAUAGCUGUCACUGCAUAUCAGAAUGACAAGAUCACGCAACUGAAAAUCGAUAAUAAUCCAUUCGCAAAAGGAUUCAGAGACACGGGGAAUGGAAGAAGAGAAAAAAGUUUAACUUUUAGAAAACAGUUAGCCCUGCCGUCAAUGCGCAUGUUUGAUGAUCAGAGCAAAGUGGAUCGAGAUGGGGGAGAGUCGGACGACUCGUCCUGCGAGCAAACUGGGAGGGAUUCAGUUCAUUCACCGAUGGGACCAGAAACAAGUCCACUUAAAUUCAACAGAUCCAGAGAUGACAAAAACUGCAAUGAAAGUGAUGACGAACUUGACCAACACGAUGAUGGAAUGAUCCGAGUCGGUAGUCCAGAUCAGAGACCACGAUCACCAUUCAGCCCACAUUGUGAGGACAGAGUCAAGGACAGAUCUAAUCAAGAAAAGAAAGGGGACUAUUCGGAUUCAAGGAAAGAAACUGACUCUGCCUUCAGCAUUAGAAACUUGGAGAAGGACAAACUGGAUGGCAGGAAUUUGAAAGAAUCGGAUACCUCCAAAAAGGGUGCAGACUCUGUGGGCCUGAGUGCAGUCAAAGAUGCCUAUUCCCCUCUGAUGGUUCAAACAGAAAGCCCAUCACAUUUUAGUGCAAGUCACUUGCAAAGUCUAGCCCUCUCUGGCUUACACAAUCAACAUUUCUUUAACCCACUGAGUACAGGACAACCACUCUUAUUUCACCCCGGGCAGUUUGCUAUGACUCCAAGUGCUUUCUCAAGCAUGGGCAUGGGACACUUGUUAGCCUCCAUGUCUGGAGCUAGUGGACUAGAGAAUGGCAGCCUCUCUCAGAAUACCAGCUCACCCAACCCUUUCCCAUUCCACUUAUCACAACAUAUGCUUGCAUCUCAGGGUAUCUCCAUGCAACCGUUCGGGGGAUUGCUCCCCUACCCGUACUCGUACAUGGCGGCUGCAGCUGCAGCGGCUUCUGCGCUCCCCGCAGGCUCAGCCGCCUCCACCCUCAGCCGGAACCCAUUUCUCAGCAGCACGCGGCCAAGGUUGCGAUUCAGCCCCUAUCAGAUCCCAGUAUCAAUACAUCAGAGCUCCGGUCUGCUCGCCACCGGCGUACCAAGCACUCUGAGCGCGGAGACAGAGUCAUCAAAAUCAGGCAGCAGGGAGAGCAGUCCUAUGUCUGAACAACACAGCCAUAAAACUGGAACCGGCCAGAAUACUGGGUCUCCCAAAUAUUCGGGAAAGGAUUCCGUUAACGAACUGCAGAACAUAGAAAGAUUAGUCAGCGGACUGGAGAAACACAGAGACGUGUCAUCCCGUAGCGAUUCACCAAAGUGACCCCGUGAACACGACCAUUCACUCUUUCUGAUUGCAUAACUAUGCUUCAAUGAAAAAGAGGUCAAAGUUGACGCUUGAAAUGAUGGCUCGGGCAUUGGAUCAUCCCUCAUCAACAGUAGCCUAGGCUAUCACGUAGGCCUACC